GCGCGCUGAGCUGAGAUGAGGUGAGCUAGCUAGAGCACAAGUCGACAUGGGCUUCUUGCACUUUAAUACCAAUAGUGACAUCUUGCACAGUUGCGUCGCACACGACUACACAGAUUUUAACACGACCAUUUUUUACAACCUAACCAACUCCUAUGUCGCCCAGUUCAACCACACCAGCACCUUGCUCACCUCCAUCAUCAUGUUCGUCCUCGCAGCGCUCUUCUUCAACCUCAACCUCUUCAGCAGGCUCUCCGACGUCAGCGCCAUCCUCGACCCCAGCGUCCGCCUCUUCAUCACCUCCGCGCUCUCCCUCUUCCUCCCCGUCAUGUCCUACCUCUUCUCCGAGGCCAGGAACGCCACCGGUGGCGCCCGCUCCAAGUUCACGGACGAGCUGCCCCUGCGAGCCCGGCUCAUCCUCAUCUGGAUGCUCCUUGUGGAGCUCCUCCGCAAGAAGGCCGAGGAGAUCCACAUGCAGGGUUACUCCGGCACCAUGGACCGUGUGGGGCGUGUCCUCUUGCUGGGGAGCUUCGUCUUCUUCCACCUGCAUGAUGCUGGCAAGCGGUCCAUGCUGGGCAUCCUCUGGCUUCUCUGUGCCACUAGGCUGGUACAGAGGAUCGUCUUCACCGAGGUCGGGAAACGCUCCCUUGCCUACGGUGUAGGCAAGAACGCUAGGCUCAUCACCUCCUACAUGGCUCAAGUGCUCGAAGAAGAUCAAAUGGAGCACCGUCACCAUAGCCUGGAUGGAGACGAGCUACUCAGGAGGUGCAAGUACGCGGUGAUGGAAGAAGAGAAUCUGGUGGUUCAGGCCAGCCCGGAUGGCUACCGCCUAACCAGCGACGCCGCCGCCGUCACCGUCGGCAAGAUCUGGGGGCUUGCCGAGAUCUCUUCCCUGGACGGAGAUAAACGUCUGAGGCAGCUCUGCCUCUCCUUUGCACUCUUCAAGCUGCUGCGCCGGAGGUUCGAGCGCCUGCCGGCAAUGACCGCGGCGGAGACCCGCAGCUACCGGGAACUCAUCUUCAAAGGUAUGCGCACCGACAUAGAGAAAGAGACAGCAGGGGCAAGCACGGACACGGCGGAGGCCCUGUUCCGGCUGACCAACGACGAGCUCAGCUUCCUAUGCGAGUAUUACCACCCGGUCGUCCCCGUCGUCCUGGCAAGUCCCUUCUUCCUGCUCGCCAACUACUUGCUGCUCCCGAUGCUCGUCCUCGUCCUCUGCCUCGUCCUCAUCGUCCUCUGCACCAACGGCGACAUCGGCUACGCCCGGGACAGCAUCAAGGACGACAACUACUUUACUUUCUUCAGCGUAACCACUAUGAUGACCGGGUGCCUGCCUAAAAUCUUUACUUCCCGCUUAGUUUUCUUCUCCUUCUUGGACUUCUCCAUCACCUCGCUCCUAUUCCUCAUGGUUGUCUACGAGGAAGUGUGGGAGUUCCUCGUCCUUGUGCUCUCCGACUGGUUCAUGGUGUCACUGCUAUGCAAGUACGCUGUGAAACCCGACGGGCGCCUUGGCCGCGUCUUCCACUGGGCCAUCCACGGCAUCACGGGGAUGCGAAGCAUCAUGCAUCGCCCACACAUUAGCUUCAACCAGCUCUGUGUGGUGAGGUUUUGCUGGCUAGCAAUGCCGUUUUCGUUCUCGCUCCCCGUGACGCUGCCCAUCAUACCAUUACCAGCCAUGCCUGUGCCGGACCAGGUGAAGCUUUCCAUCAUGGAAUAUCUCGCCAACGAGUUGCACGACCUUCAUGGCAACCCUACCUCACUUACACUGAGCAGAGGCGGGUUCGCGCUUGCAGACCACACGGAUCUCUUGCCUUUCUGCGAGAGUGACAGUGUCGCCGAGGUUAUCCUUACUUGGCACAUCGCCACCAGCCUCUUCGAGGUGAUGCAUUCCACAACCUCUGAUGAUCAUGCUCAGGCUCAGAGCCUGUCCAAGUACUGCGCUUACCUUGUGGCCAUCCACCCGGAGCUGCUCCCCGAAUACCAGGAGAGCACGGAGCUCGUGUUCAAGGACAUGAUGCUCGAGCUGAGUGGUGUACUCGGGUUCUGGCGCUGCUACUUCUCGCCGUGCGUCAACACCCGGUACAACAAGAUCAUGGGCGCCCCAGAGCAGCCGAGCAGCAUGCCAAGAAAUGUCGUGAAAAGAGGCGCGGAGUUAGCAAAGAAGCUGGAGAAGAAAGCUCGUGAUGCCAAGGAUUCUGGGGAAGCGGUGUGGAAGCUGCUGGCAAAUCUUUGGGUGGAGCUCGUCGUCUACGUCGCGCCAUCCAAUGACGAUGGUUGUAUAAUGGGGCACGAGAAACUGCUAGUUAAGGGUGGCGAGUUCAUCACCAUGCUCUGGGCGCUGGCCUCGCACGCCGGCAUAAGCCGUCCAGCCGAUAUACCACGGGCGCACGUCGCAAUUGAACGUGUGACUGACGUUAUUGUAUAGAUUAUAGAUGGAUCUAGGUCGGUCUGUAUCUAUUUUAAUCUCGUGGUACGUGUGCAUGAAGUGUGCUGUGCUGGCUUGCGGCUUGCCAUGUGUGUGUGUGUGUGUGUGAUGUUUUCUUUUUUUAGUUUAUGUGUGACAUCAUCACAAACGGUUUGGGGUUUCA